CCUUUAGGCCCGUCCCAGUCACUGCCGGGCUCUGGGCGGCGAAGGGUCAUCUUGUCGGCUGGUUACGGAAUGGGAGUUAGUGAAGUCAAGAGGGACCCCCAGUGGUUCAGCUUGGAGGCUGCGGGUUCGUGGUUCUCAAAAACAGUGUGUGUUAAGAAGCUCGUCUUGGUGCAAUAAGGAACUUAAAACAAUGGAAGAGAGGAAAGUGAAGAGGAGGAGCCCUAAGUCUUUUAGUGCCCACUCUACUCAGGUUGUUAAUACCAAAAAAAGUGCCAUUCCAGUUAGCAAAAGCACAGGGUUUUCAAAUCCUGCAACACAGUCAACUUCACAGCGACCAAAGUUAAAAAGAGUGACAAAAGAAAAGACAAGACCUCAGGGUGGAGAAGGGAAGGGUGCUCAGUCAACUCCAAUUCAGCACUCCUUUCUCACCGAUGUCUCAGAUGUACAAGAGAUGGAGAGAGGCCUCCUAAGCCUUUUGAAUGAUUUCCACUCUGGAAAACUUCAAGCAUUUGGAAAUGAAUGUUCCAUUGAACAGAUGGAACAUGUUCGGGAAAUGCAGGAGAAAUUAGCUCGCUUGAAUUUGGAGCUUUACGGAGAGUUAGAAGAACUUCCUGAGGAUAAGAGAAAAACAGCCAGUGACGCCAACCUGGAUAGGCUUCUGUCUGAUUUAGAAGAAUUGAAUUCUUCCAUACAAAAACUCCAUUUGGCAGAUGCACAAGAUGUUCCAAAUGCUUCUACCAGUUAAAAUGAAAUACAGUUUGCUUUCUUAAGAUUUGAAGAAAAGCAAUGUUCUUUACUUUUCCAGCUGAAUCCAGUAGCAGAAUUAUCUUCCACCACAAGCAAUUAAAAUGAAGUACAAAUGCAAUGAUUGUUUUCACAUAGUGCUUUUAGUACAUUUGACUUGCUGUAAUUCACCGUAACUGGAGGCCAAGGCCUUGUUGAAGGCUUACUCAGGAAAUGGUACGCAGAGGUUGUGCUGCUGUGCUUUAUAUUGUUGCCUUAUGGGGUUAUACUUGAAAUGCAUUGUGCUAAAUGUCAUUGAUAGGGCUGAAGGAUUUAUCCUUCCUGAGCUCACCAAACUUACUACAGUGUUCAUCAUAAGUUGAUGAUGCACAGGCUUUUUGUGGGCAGCCUAGCUUCAGUUUACUUUAAACAAUCAGUACAUACUUUGGUGUAUUUUUCAAUGGCCAAGUGAUGACAAAAUGUUAAAUAAGUGAAAUUUGCUAUUUUUAAUAAAGUGAUUGUUUUAAAUUUAU